GUUCGAUUCCAACGAGUGACUCACUAUUGGCAGAUAUAUAUAUUGAAUGUCUGGACAUACCGAAUUGGCAAUAAGUCAAUUCGAACUCAUACGCACAAUGGCAACACAAUUCCCAACAAAGAAGUGCGGUGUCUUGGGCUGCACUGGCUCGGUCGGCCAACGGUUUAUUCUCCUGCUCUCGCAACACCCGUACUUUGUCCUACACGCUGUGGGAGCUUCCUCGAGGUCGGCGGGCAAAAAGUACAAGGAUGCCGUAAGGUGGAAGCAAGCUGCGCCUAUGGGCGCGGUGGGCGAGCUCGUAGUCCGCGAGUGUAAGGCCAGCGAGUUUAGCGACUGCGAUGUGGUUUUCAGUGGGCUGGACGCUGAUGUUGCUGGGGAGAUUGAAAUGGAAUUCCUCAAAGCCAACCUAGCCGUCUUCUCUAACGCAAAGAACUACCGCCGCGACCCCCUCGUGCCCCUCGUAGUACCCACAGUCAACCUGCCACACUUGGACCUCAUCCCACAUCAGCGCAAGCACCACGGUCUCGAAAAGGGUUUUUUGGUCUGCAACUCCAACUGCGCCGUCAUCGGGCUCGUCAUCCCAUUCGCGGCGCUGCAGGCGAAGUUCGGCCCCGUUGAUACCGUCUCCGUCGUCACUAUGCAGGCCGUUUCCGGCGCUGGGUAUCCGGGCGUCAGCAGCAUGGAUAUCAUGGAUAAUGUGGUGCCUUUUAUCUCGGGCGAGGAGGACAAGCUCGAGACAGAGGCGCGCAAGAUUCUGGGCACGAUUCAGGAUGAUAAGACGGCGGUGGUCGAGCAGGAGGAGUUGAGGGUCUCGGCCGCGUGUAAUCGAGUGCCGGUCCUGGAUGGACACACGGCGUGCGUGUCGCUGAGGUUUAGGAACCGCCCUGUCCCCAAGGCGGAAGACGUUAAAGCUGCUUUGAGGGACUACGUCAGUGAGGCGGAAAAGCUGGGGUGCCCCAGUGCGCCCCAGCCGAGUAUCAUGGUUUUUGAUGCGCCGGAUCGGCCGCAGCCGAGGUUGGAUCGCGAGUUGAGUCGCGGCUAUACGGUUAGUGUAGGUCGGGUUAGGGAGGACGAGAGUGGUAUCUUUGAUAUCAAGUUUGUGGCUUUGAGUCAUAAUACCGUCAUUGGCGCUGCUGGGUCUUCCAUCCUGAAUGCCGAGGCGGCGGUGCUGAAGGGGUAUAUUUAAACGGUUGCGUUGGUUAGCUGCGUUACUGGCGUUGUUGUGGGAAAAGUGGCUUGAGGGCGGUUGGUCUGAAAAGGGGUAUUCAGGAAGUGAUGCAUUCUAUCUGAUGCCAACUACAUUAGGGAUCCGACUUAGUUCCUUGGAAUAACAUCUCAAUUAGAAUUCCACUUGAGUGAUCUUUCGGCCCCGAUGGGCUUGGAUGGUGUAAAACGAGAGAUGGCUUGAAGCAGUGCGUGAGGGAGCAUUAUGACAUGUCCUCUAGAGUUUCUCGGUCAGUUUCUAGGACUAAUCAACUAACC